CGGCUCUGUCUGGGACAACGGUACUCACGUCAAGGUCUAGAUCGCAUCCACAGACGCCGCCUGAACUCGAUCGUCGCAAUCGAUGGUGCGACACGCCAAGGACAUGUUUGUGGCGGUUGCUCACGGUGACAAGGACAAGGUGCUGGCGCUGGUGAGCAAGUACGGCAAGGAGCUACUUGAUGUCCAUGAGCCGACAAAGGGCACAGUCCCGCUACACUUUGCUGUCAUCGCAGGAAAGCUAUCAAUGGCCAAGCUGCUCAUCAAGCUCGGCUGCGACAUCAACGCCACGUCCUCAACUGGCGACUCUGCGCUGCAUCUGGCAGUGAUGAAGGACAAGGAGAAGAUUGCCAAGCUGCUGAUUGUCAAGGGCAUUGACGUGCACUUGGAGAACAGCGCGGGCAAGACCGCGUUUCAACUGCUGAAGCUCAAGCGAAAGGCGGCGGCCAAGAAAAAGGGCGCACCUACGAAUCGCGAGCGCAAGGCCAAGCUGGGCGGCGGCGAGGUCGACAUCGGAAGCGGGAGCGCCAGCGGCGACGGCGACAAUGCGAUUGGCAAGGCGGGCCGAGCCGGCGGCAAUUCACUCGACGACGAGAGCUCAGACUCUGACUCGGGCGACGGCGAGGACGACGAGUUUGCGGCGGCGCUCAGGGAGCGGUUUCUUUCCCAGUCACGGACAGGCCGGCGGAUGUCUGUGCGCCGGCAGGGAAGCGACGACUUGCAUGUCCGCGGGACGACGGCGAUGGCGACCGACGACGACGAGGCCGAGGUGGCGCCUGGUCCCUACGAGGCGCCAUACCCGGUUGUGUCGUCCGACGACCAGCCGACGCCGUCGAUCAAGCGGCUCCGGGCCAAGCUGGCUGGACGAGUCCGACAGUUUGCCGAGUCGUCACAGCCGCGGGUGUCAGACGCACCCAAGGUCAUCCUCAGCAUCCUCCUUCCGUCGGGGAGCCGGAAGAAGAUUGCGGUCCCGUGCGACUACACCGGGCAGGAGCUGAUGGAUGUGUUUGCCAGCAAGAUCAACCUCGCGGUCAACGACAUGUUUGAGCUUGUGGUCCUCAACACCAAGACCGGACGGAUCCAGGACUUUAUCGACGCAGACCGGACCAUCGAAGACCACGAGCUCAAGCCGUCGGACCUCAUCUCGUUCCGUACCAAGUUCUUCAAGAUGCCGGCCACGCCGGAUCCGGUCAUCCUCAACCUGCUGUAUCUGCAGACGCGCAACGACGUGACGUCGGGCCAGCUGGCGGUCUCGGAGCCGCUGGCAGUGAAUCUCGCAGCGCUCACGCUGCAGAUCACGCACGGCAAGUUUGACCCCAAGGUCCACAACCUGGGCUUUCUGGACGAGUCUGCGCUCGACGACCUCCUCCCGCGGCACCUUGUCUCACGGUACGCGCUCUCACUGUGGCAGGACCGGAUGUUUGUGGCCUGGGCGCGCAACGACCAGGAACUGACCGGCGACGAGUUGGUGCAGCAGUACCUGGCGCGGGCGCGCGAGGCGCCCGCCUUUGGCGGCACCCACUUUGACGCCCGUGGACCGGGCUCGGUCCCGGCUUCGAUUGCGGUGGUGGAGGACGGCGUUCUCAUCCGGCACAAGGGCGAGCCGUACACCUUUUUCUCGCUCUUUCGGCGGACGCCGGGCUCGGACGAGAACGAACUCAAGUCGUGGCGAUGGGAUGCCGAGCAAGUUCUGUUCGACGUGGUAGAGCCGGCCAGCGGCGAGGGUGCGUCGCUGCUCUCGUACGCGGUGGUGGGCGGUGCUGACGCCGCACGGGAGCUGGUCGAGCUUAUCUCGGGCUACUACAUCCUGCUGGUCUUUGGCGACGCGGUGCCAACGCGUCCGAUGCUGAUGCUCGACGACCUGCCUGUUCCUUCCGAGCCGUUGCCGAUGCGGACGGUGAUGCAGCUGCCGCAGCCGCGGGCGCUCGACUACGCCGCGCCGUCGCGGCUUGCCCUCCUCCUUGAAACGUAUGUCGAGGAGUGCGCCAAGGCCGGUACGGCACCACUGGCGUCGGUGCUGGCGCCGAUCCACGCCGCGCUCGAUGCUGGCACCCCGCUGACGCUGCUCAACAUGGGCGCGCCGCAAGCCGACUCGAGCCUCCAUGCCACGGCGCAGAUUGCGGCGACCGAGGCGGCCCGUAAGGCCGAGCUGGGUCUGGUGGCAAGGGGCGGAGGAGCAGGGCCGUCUGGCGGCAAGGCCGGAGGCAAGGACUCUGAGGCUUGUGCGUUCUGGGCGCCGAACCAGGUCCUCGCACUGGCGACGGCGCUGCGCAAGACGCGCAAGGUAGAGGGCCUGCCUGUAGACGACGUUAUGGUGAGCACGGUCUCGUUUGCACAAUCGCGGUUUGGCGAGUCCAAGGCGUGUCUUGGAGCGGUCGAGCGUGUGCUCUCUGAGGUUGGCGACGCGUUCCGGGUGGAGAAGAUGGACCUAAGCGAGUGUGCGCUCACGACGGAGAAGCAGUGGAUUGUGGUGUGCGCGGCGCUGCGGCACACCGCGCCGCUGACCGAGCUUGUGGUGAGCGGCAACGCCAUGCCGGCCAAGUCGAUGCUGGAACUUGUGCGGACGUUCAAGGCCGGCGUGCAUGCGAACCAGGUGUUUGCGGCAGCGGCGUGCUCGCUCGGCGACGAACACGUGGUGCACCUCGGUAAGCGGCUGUACAACAAUGCGUCAACGCUGACGGCGCUCGACCUCUCGGGCAACAAGAUUACGGACUUUGGGCUGGAGAAGGGCAUUCUUGUCAACAUGGGCCGCAACACUGGCCUGAGGUCGCUGGCGUUCUCGCGGAACAAUGUGACGUCCAAGGGCGUCCGGGCGCUGCUCGCGCUAGUGGAGGAGAAGCGGACGCUGACAUCGAUCCUCCUCUCCAACUGCCACAUCUCAGCCAAGGAGUGCGGCGUGUUCUCGGCACGACUGAGCAUCAACUCGGUGCAGGUACUCGCGCUUGCCGGCAACUCGCUGGGCAAGGGCGUGGCGACGUUUGCGCCACACCUGACCAAGGCAUCGGGCCUGACCGAGCUCGACCUCUCAGACGUGUCGCUGGAGAAGCACGGGAUUGCAGCGCUGGUGGAGACGCUGCCAACCGUCCGCAAUCUGCGGACGCUCUCGCUGGCCGACAACGGCAUCUCGACCAAGGACGGGGUGCCGCUGGUGGGAGCCAUCGGGGCGUCACGCUCGCUGGUCACCGUCGACCUCUCCGGAAACUCGUUCAAGAAGGACUUUGCCGAGGCGCUCGGGAGUGCGCUUGCGGCGUCGACCUCGCUCCGCUCGCUCAGCUUGGCGAGCAACAAGCUGGGCGGUGAAGGCGCUGCGGCGAUUGGACGGGCACUGGCGGCUAACGGGCUUGCGCUCACCGACCUCUCGCUUGCAGGCAACAAGAUCGGAUCUGGCGUCGACGCCCUCGCCGAGGGCCUGACCUCCAACUCGACGCUUAUCUCGCUCUCGCUCGCCAACAACUCUAUAUCGGGCGACCACUUUAUGGAGGUGGUCACGGCGCUCGAAGCUAAUACCGGCCUGCGGCAUGUCGACAUGACCGGCAACCAGCGGUUCACGCCUGCCCAGAUCGACACCAUCAUCGAGCCGCGCGACAUCUCGUGCGAGAUCUACGUUUCAUUUGCGAGCUAG